AUGAAAAACACAGUACGUGCGAUGAUGAUCUUGUUAGUGAAGGCUUUGAUCCUAGUCGUAGCAGCAGCGACAUCAACAACAACUACUACAACAUCAACACCUGUAACAUCAACGACAGACAUUCCAGGUACAACAACGGUUACCACUGCCACAACAUUUGAGACGACAGAAGUACAAACAUCGACAACAUCGCAAACUGCAGCGGUGACAACCGAGUCGACGUUAUCAACAGAAUCACUAUCGACUGUUGAUAUCAACGGCACCACCGUUACUGGCAAUGACACCACCGUUGCUGGCAACGGCACCACCGUCGCUAGCUACAGCAUUUUGACAGCACCGAUGCAAAUAUUGUGCCUUGAGCCGCAUACCAUAAUCGGAGGCGCAGUGAUCUCUAAGGGCCCUUACUUUGCGAAUAUAAGUAGCGUCGUUUACACGUGCUUCAGUGGGUUUUCUAUGAGCGGCCCUGCACAGGUACUCUGCUCGACAAAUGGAACUUGGAACACCAACGGGACCCAAUGCGUUCCCAUUGAUAAUAAGCCGAAGGUUGAUACAAAAGUGACUAUAAACCAGCCUAUUCAAGCUAUGCCAUUCUGGCUGAUGGUGGCGCUGUGUGUCGUAUUUGGUCUCCUGGGUUUACUACUACUGACCUGCAUUUUUGCCUUCUGCGCGAAAACAUUCGGAUGUUUUAAGCGACCUUGUUGCCAGAGACGUCAGGACACGCCUGAAUCAUUCAUCGUUGAUGACUAUGAGUCGCCGACGCCCGUGUCCUCGCGGCCCCCGGAAACACACCGGAAAAAAGCGGUGAAACCAAAAGACAAGUGGAUGCCACACUCAAACCAAGUGCGCACUAUUAACACGAGCACACAGUGA